AGUAUUUAUAGAUUUUCAUUCAGUUUCGAUUCAGUCACCUAAAAAUAUUUAUUGCAAACAAGGUAUUUUUUGGAAAAAUGUCUUUAAGUAGUUUGCCGGAUAAAUGUCUUAAGAUUGUUUUCCAACAUCUGGACAUGCGCAGUCAGUGCAACUGGGCGUUCACCUGCUCGCGCUUUCUGAGGAUCUACAGGAUGGUAAACAAAAAUAAGUUCCGUAAUUUUAUCUGGUACGAACGAUCCUGCGAGUGGUCGAAGCUGGAGGUUGAGUACCUCUUCCGGCUGAAUGGUAGACACAUGCGACGGCUAGCGAUAUCAGAUGCGCAGGACCUAAGCUCCCACUCCGACUUGAUGCUCUGGAGUAAGUCCAUAUUUGUGGCACCUGUCUGUGUGUAUCUAAAGAACUUACGUUCACUGACCCUUUGUCUGAGUGACAAUAUGGGCGAAAUAAUGCUAAAGGUCUGCCGCUAUAUGCUCAAAUUGGAGGACUUGACGGUCAACACUAAUUGUGAAAUGAACUAUACUUUUCUGGUUUUACUGCCUCGUCUCAAGAGUCUGGAUUUGGAGAACUUUGAUGUGGGUGGUGCGGACACACUUUUUGAACUACUAGCCACUAUGCGACGGGAUGUGCUGCAGAGCCUUCGGAUUGGAUCCCAGUUGCAGCUUAAAGAGGCCAAGGAUAUCAUCAAACUGAAAAGCCUGGAAAUGCUCAGUGUGUGCAAUCCUAGUCGGGUUUUUCUGGAGCUGAUUUUGCAGUUGGAUACCGUGAGGGUACUGAGCAUUUCCCAGGGGAUAAGCCUCGAUGAUGUGGAUUUUAUGCGUUUUAUGGCGGAGAGCAAAGCAUUGAGUGCUCUGUAUGUAAGCGAUUGUCCUAAUCUGACAUGGGAAUUCCCCGUUUUUGCAGUGGACCUUCUGAAACAUGAGAAACACACGCUUCUCUGCAGGCACCGCAGAUUACCAUUCUACGUGGAAUGCUGCCGCACAGGGAUCACCAUGAAGGCCCUCAAGAAAAGUGACAUUUUCUCAUCGCAAGAAUUGCUGGAAGUUAAGUUGGUAGACAAGGAUCGGAAAGUCAAGAUGUUAAUUUAAACCAAUACUUCUUACUAAAAUUAGAAGGCAGAAUAACUGUCAAAUGAUUUUAUUUUGUAUUAUAUCUUUUCAAUUUUAAAGAU